AUGCCAGCCACUGACGCAGACUUCGAUCUCAGACCGUCUCCUCAGUCCGCCUUCGCAAUCGGAGAGUACGCAUUUGCCGAUGUCGGGAAUUUAGAGCAUUGUAUUAAGUAUUUGAAUCAGACCCUUGUUACCUUUGGAUUCCCGGCUUCACUUGAUCUCUUUGCAAAUGAUCCGGUUUCUGUUGCUCGGACUUGCAAUUGUAUGUAUUCGUUAAUUCAGCAGAGACAACGCGAUGUCGAAUUUCGAGAGUCUGCUAACGAACAGAGACAGCGGCUAUUGUCAGACAUAUCAAGAUUAGAAGCUAAAGUUGAGAGGCUUGAGGGGCAGUUACAAGCCAAAGAUAGGGAGAUAGCAACAAUAACACGAACGGAAGCUAAAGCUACAGCAGCUUUUAAGUCCCAAAUUGACAAACUACAGCAGGAGCGCGAUGAGUUUCAGAGGAUGGUCAUCGGCAAUCAGCAAGUUAGGACUCAACAACUGCAUGAGAUGAAGAAAAAAGAAAAGGAGUACAUAAAGUUGCAGGAGAGGCUAAAUCAAGUGUUGAUGGAGAAAAAGAAGGAAUCUAGAUCAGGCAUGGAGAUAAUGAAUUUACUUCAGAAAGAAGGGCGGCAGCGUGGAACAUGGAACGGAAAGAAGGCUGAUAAUGAAUUUUAUAAAAAGAUUGUGGAUACUUAUGAGGCAAAAAAUCAAGAAUUGAUUGCAGAGAAUGCUGAUUUAAAGGCAUUAUUGCGAUCAAUGCAGGUGGAUAUGCGUGAUUUCAUAAAUGCUCCAAAUGGGCAAUCCAAGCAGUCUCUGGCUGCCAAUGAACGAGUUGAAACUGACCACACACAGUCUCCAUUGGGUGGGAGGACGGAUGUCUUUGAUCUGCCUUUUCACAUGGCGAGAGAUCAAAUAGAAGAAAGUCUCCGAAAUAAGAUGGCUUCCAUAAAGGAGCGCAUGGUUCAAUUGCAAGAUGCACAAAAAGAAGCAGAGGUUACAUCUGAAGUAACUGAGAGGGAGCUUGAGCUUGAAGCCCAACUGGUUGAGGCUAGGAGCAUAAUCCAAGAGCAGGCAUCCAUAAUGUCUAAACAAUUGGCCAAGUCUGAGAGACCGAGGAAUCUGAAUGGCCAUUUUAAUUCUGGCAGGGAGUCUAUCAUUUCAUCUCCCGCUGAGUUUAAGGAUAGCCUUAGAUAA